AUGGCGCGCGCAAAGACCAAAAACAAAACUGCUCGAGCACAAUUGAGCGUUCGUGAUGACGACACCGAGUCUCGGACUUCUGUACUCGGCAGAAAACGACCGCAGACUUCAUGCGAAGGUUCGCUAUCCCAUUCACACUCCUCUGCGGAAGACAGUGAUAGUAGCCCCGUUACCAAACGACAACGAAUCGAGGGAGCAGAGCAUCGUGAGACUUCGAACGGCUCAAUACGUCGAUCCGCUAAGUCCAGAACGACUGUAAGUAGCGAGAGCAGGGCCAACGUCGAAUACACGAGUGCGCAUGUGAACAUGCCUACUGCGGUAAAACAGGCGGAUCCUGAAACCAGUGAUCUACUAUCCAGCCUUAUAGAUGCUCGUCGGGAAGAAGAGCCUCUGCUAUCUAUCAGCCGUGAUUCUGGGCAGGAACACGUAGGAGACCACGCAUCGAGUUCUGAGAAAUCCGCUUUACCAAGAACCCAUACCAAGAAAAUUGUCACCGAUACAGCAGAUAGUGCGGAUCCAAACGUAACGAUUACAAAAAUGCCGAAACGGCACCUGAGAAGUCUGAAGAAUAGAGCUAGGAAACCAGGAUCGAAGAGUUUUAGACGGUAUGUCAUGGCUUUCGAGACCAAUCGGGCCAUUGAUAUGCUUCUAUCAAGUUUCGAUCCUGCGAUCGUGCCGCACAUCCUGGAUCAGCAAAAUGCUGUAUACAUACAAUGUCGCAUUGGUCAAGGUGACAAGGCCACCGGGCCGAGUGCCAGACAAAUCGGCCGAUCAUUGGACAACUUGACAGCUAAUCAUCUAUACGAAGGCCUGAUCAAUUCAUUCUUUCAUGAGAUGCAUCUCGAAGGAGUGGAGGAGCUGCAUAACUUGCUUGUAUACUCUAGCACCGGACUGGCAGUACAAGCUCUAUCUAAGCUACAGGCUAAAAGUAGCAAGAUCAGGAACAUCAAGUCAAUGGAGAUUCUGAAAUCUCAAAAUUCUAUCGCAGAUUGGAACAAUAUAGUUCCAUGUCUACACAAUGUCCACGAAUUCGCGGUGCAGAGGUCGUCAAUAAUCAAUACUGCUUUACGAACCGAUGACCAGCUGACCAUUGAGGAAUACGGAGCUUUCCAAGACCCCCCAAAUCUCAAUUUACCUCCUCUGCCUCGGCCCAGAUCUGAUCAGCAUCAAAUUCGCAUCACUUGUGGAGAGAACAACGAAGUCGAAAAUCAGCACAGUAAUAGCAGCGCGAACCAUCAUACGACUCCCAGCACCGAUAUGGUAGCAGCUGAUUCGUCGGAGGGCGAGAUAUCAGAGGGUGAAAUGGCAGAGUCUACACUAAUUACGAACGUGACGGAGGACGCAAUCAUGCAUGAUCGGCCACCAGAACUACCUAUUGAUCUCCAAAAUCUGCGAAAUCCUUCAUCGCAUUACAUGGACCUUACGUUCCAUGUAGCUGAGUCUGAGCCGCUGAGAGUUCAUCAAGUUUCUCAUGAUGAGCAACAGCUGCAAGAAAGAUAUUUUGGUCAGGCAGAUAAUAACGCUAUAGUUCGUUGUCUCAUAUGCAGCCAUGAAAAUCACUUAGAAAACGCCUGCCCCUCCCGAGUAUGUCCAUACUGCGACGUCCGAGAUGACCAUUUCGGACGAGCUUGUCUUCGACGCCCUGAUCGUUCCGAACACAUCCAGACUUUGUUUCCAGAUGUUGGUCGAACGUUCUUCCCUGAUAGUCUAGAUGUCUUACAAAAAGUUCGAGCAUUGAAUAUAAGCUGCUACGAAUGUGGCAGCGCCAAGCAUUUCGGAGGCGAUUGUCAUUUUACUCAACAGCUAGACAAGGGUAGAAGCCCCUUCAACCCAUGGUCAGCCAGAGAAGCAAAUAAAUACCUCGUUGAGCCCUCGGAUACCUCACUGCUGCCACUGCCAGAAGGCAUUAACGGUCUGCCUCUCCCACCCGAACCACAACAUAAGAUGUUUUCGAGAGUGAAGCAUAAUCUUCCGCCAAAACCGGUGCAGGAAGAUAAAGGUAUGUCAAUCAGAGGUGCCGCAAUGAAUAGCGACAGUACCAAUCUGCCCGACGCACCGAGACAGAACGGCAAGGGACGCAUGCAGAUGAACAUCAACCUGGGCGGACGAGGUUGUAGUACACAGAAAGGCAAACCUCUUGCACCGAUUUCUGGGCAAUAUCAACGAGAAUUGUCACCAGGCUACGAGGAAUUUCUGCGUCGUGGACCUCCUGGUGGAGGUAGUCGUGGUGGUCGUGGGAGUCGCGGUAACCCUGGCGGCCGGGGUAGAAACCCUGAUCACAAGGUUGGCAAGGGACCUGGGCAGGUAGGUGGACGUCACGACUCGAAAUCCGCCCGGUAUAAUCAGAGGGGUGAUCCUUCGCGCCAGCGAGGGGGUGGAGAUGCUGGGGCAAAGGGCCGUGGUGGAAGAGGGAAGGGACGAGGCAAAGGCAGGGGUAGGGGAUCAUGA